AUGUGCUACAGGGUCAUCGAGCGCUACUCCGUCUGCAAAUGCCUCUACUUCGAACACUCCGUCGACCCUUGCUCCUCAUACGGCCAGCACGGCCAUGAAGUAGAGGAAAAGCUCGUGCUUGUCGGCUACGCCUGUGACAGACACACGUUGUGUUCUGAUCUUUCUCUGUCUGCUGUUCCGUCUGGGGCGAUAACGUCACUGUGGUCUGAUGCAGGGCAUGGGAGGGAUAGUGAGGCUAAAAAGCUUAGGGAGGGUGAAUUCGAGCUGCAGAAAGACUUAGGACUCCUGAAUCCUGAGUAUCGAUAG